UCUCUCUCUCUCUCUCUCUCUCUUUCUCCUCCAGCCUUCAAACAUCUCGAGACAUAAAUUGUACAAAAUGGAACCAAAUCUACCAGUGAUGGCCAAGAGACUAUGGAGCAUAGUACGUGUAGUGUUCUUCAUGUUGAGAAAGGGCAUAUCAAAGCGUAAACUAAUGCUUGAUCUCAACAUGAUGAUGAAACGUGGCAAGAUCGCAGGGAAGGCCAUACACAACCUCAUGUUCCACCACCACAGCUGGUCCACUUCCCAUUGCCGCUCGCCCGACCGCCACGUGUCCAUCGCAACAGCACCACUUGAGUUCGAGUUCAGCUGCAGUAACAGCCCAGCAUUCCCCUUCCACGUCAGCAAGCGCAAACACCACCACAACAACCACCACUCUCACUUCUUCGCGUGUGCUCACGCGCCGCCCACCGACGACGACAUGGCCACAGCCAACGCAGUGAAAAGGGUGCUGGAAAUGCUGAACAGCGAGGCUGCGUCACCGGCGCUGCCGGGGUUUGGGCGGAGCCCGGCGGUGAGGCAGCUGAGGAUAACGGACUCGCCGUUCCCUUUAGGGGACGUGGAAUACGAUCGCCACGUGGACGAAGCAGCAGAGGAGUUCAUAGUGAAGUUCUAUAAUGAAUUGAGGAAGCAGAACGCAAUGGCUCCGUUGGGGUGGCGUUGAAAAAAAUUCCAGCGAGUGUGUCAGAUUCCGACGCGCCAAAUCUCAUGUUUUUGGACAGUGGUGGCCUUUGGGUCAUAUUGUUCGAUCAUGACAAUAAUUAAGGGUUGCAUGAGCUUUCAUUGUUUUUGAUCUCUUGGUAAAGGUUGCAUGGAUUAAGAGCUGUAAAUGAUGUAUUAUGUUGCAAAGUUUUUAAAAUUUCCACGUGUUUAAUGUGUUGUGCCACCUAAUUAUUUGUAUUUAAUGAACAAUUUCAAUAAAA